CCAUUCGGUGUCUUGCGGUGCUACACAGUAAAAUAUAAUGGCAUUCGCAAAUGAUAGCAAUGACAAUCUGGAACAAAAUUUGUGAAAUGCAAAGAAAUUUUGUGCCUAUUAAACGCGUUUAAGAACCUUUGCGAGUACUUUUAAAACGGAGGAAAACAUUUUGACGCCAAUUAUUCACAACUAAAAGUACUUCGAACUUCACAAGCCAAGCCCCAACUAAAGCCAAGCCCAAAUCCGGUAAGUGUAAACAAGCAAUAUGGCCGAUAUGGCGCUCUGUGGAGGAAGCGCAGCUAGCGCAGUUGAUAUUGAAAAAGUGAACGCCCUAGUUGCCUCUUACAUUUGUUACCGAGCACAACGAAGAAACAAGGAGAGGGCACUGGAACUGGCAAAAGAAGCGCAAUCGAAGAUCAACGCAAGCCUGAAACUGAGAUUAGUAGCUAAUUCAUUCGCUAUUGCUGCUAUGAUGGCUACCGACGCCACAGUUCACCGUGAGCGGUGGGCAUUUGAACGAAAUGAACGUUGGUUCGAAGAGACGCUUCCACAUCUCGGGGAGAAUCACUUCAGACAAGCUUUCCGUGUCUCGCAGACGACAUUCCGGUACCUUGUGGAGUCGUGCAGGAUCGCCUUGGAGCGCCAAACGACGAACAUGAGAAAGCCGUUGUCUGUGGAAAAAAGAGUGGCCGUCGGGAUGUAUCGGCUGUGCUCAAGUGCUGAAGACCGAACGAUCGCCCAUCUGUUCGGCAUCGGCCGGUCGACGGUGAACGUCGUAUUUCGGGAGUUUUGUAAGGCUGUCACCGAACAACUUGAAGCAGAGUGGCUUCGAAUGGUCCGGCGCCACGAAUUGGAAAAACACGUGAGGGAGUUCUUUUUCUUCACUGGCUUCCCGCAGGCAAUUGGCGCUCUCGAUGGUUGUCACUUUCCUAUAUCCCCGCCGAAGGACAACGCAAUCGAUUACCAUAACUACAAAGGCUGGUACAGUGUAAUACUGCUCGCCCUGGUUGAUCACCAGUACCGGUUCCGGUAUAUCAAUGUUGGAGCUCCCGGCCGAUGCCAUGAUGCCAACGUGUACGGGCGAUCGAAGCUGCACACACUUAUUGAAAGCGGACACCUUGAUUCGCCUGUGAUUAUGAUUGAAGGUGCUGCUAUAACACCACUCAUUCUGUGUGACCAGGCAUUUCCACUGACUGCAACACUGCUUAAGCCCUUCCCAAGUGCAUCACCUGGCACCCCCGAAGCUGCUUACAAUUAUAACCUUUCCAAAACGAGACGCAUAGUUGAAAACGCAUUUGGACGCCUGAAAGCUCGUUUUCGUUUUGUCAUGAAGAGGCAAGAAUGCAAGUUGCCCAAUGCUAAACAAGCCAUUAGGGCCGCAUGUGUUCUUCACAAUAUCUGUGAGACAUUCAGAGACCCUGUGGAUCCUCAGUGGGAACAAGAUGUGCCUGCAUUUGAUGAACUGUUUCCACAGCCAUCGCGCUCCACCACUCAGUCAAGUGGAACAGGACACAGUGUUCGAGCUGCUCUGGCACAAUACUUCUGGAGACGUGCUCAACAGGCCACAUGACCAGCAGCAUUGCA